ACAUCCUUUAGAGCUAAAUGCAUAAAGACGAGCAUUGAGGUGGAUUUCAGAGCAUUCGGCAUCAGAUCAAAGACAUAAGAAGAAGAAAUGUCAUCCCAGAAGGAUCUCGGUGUUUUUAUCUCAUGUGUGCUUCUCCUCAGUGUCCAGUCAAGUCAUGGUUCUGAGAUUAUUGGAGGGAAAGAAGUGGAUCCACCACACUCGUUGCCUUUCAUGGCUCUGCUGGAGACCAACACGCCAGUAUGUGGAGGGAUUCUAAUUGAUCCUAAAUGGGUCCUGACUGCUGCCCACUGUGUCAACUUUUCCAGGAUUGACAAAGUGCUGCUGGGGGUGCACUCCAUCAAAGAAAAGGAAAAAGACUCCAGGCAGGUCCGAAAAGUGAAGAAACAUUUUCCUCAUCCCUGCUUUGAUAGGACAGACAUGGUCAAUGACCUCAUGCUGCUGAAGCUUGAUAAACCUGUGAAGGAAACCAAGACGGUGAAAUGUCGCAAGCUGGGCAGAACGGUGGAAGAGCCAGCAGCUGGCAGCAGCUGUCUGGUGGCUGGAUGGGGGAAAACAAAAAACAAUGCCAAGCAAAUAUCAGACGUCCUGAUGUCUGUCAACGUGACCGUGAUCGACAGAAUGAAGUGCAACUCUCCAGAUUAUUACAACCUCAAGCCUGUGAUCACCAGCAGCAUGAUAUGUGCCGGUUCAGAUGGUAAAAACAAUGCAGACACCUGUAACGGGGAUUCAGGAGGACCGCUGCUGUGCAAUGGAGCACUAGUUGGAAUCACUUCUUUUGGAAAGAGGUGUGGUGUGAAAAAAAACCCUGGAGUUUACUCUUUUCUCACAGAAAAACAACUCAAGUGGAUCAAAAAGACAAUGAACUCGUCUGACCUGUAAUAAGCCCAAACUUCAAAUGGUUGUUUUCCUGUUAAUCACAUACCUUUUAUAUGCAACAAUCUCUUGAUCAAUAAUGUAAUGUAGUUAAAGUAGAUUAGUAACCUUUUAAUAGCUGUAAAUGUUGCCAUGUAAAGCUCACCUGUGUUUUUUCUACCUCCUGCAAAACCAAAAAUAUAAGAAGAAACAUGUGGAUCAAUUUAUUGCAGCAACCAAGUUGGACUUCACGCAGUAAUAAUGAAGCAUGACUUCCAGAGCCACAGAGUUGGUUGAUGAAGGGUUAAUGCAGGGUUACAGGUGACAUAAAGCAACAUCAUUUACUUGUAGCGCAUUCGUCAUGCAGUAUUUCUACAUGUAUACUGUAAAAAAGCAAACUAUGUUUUAUCUUUUGUUGUGUUAUCUUAUGUUUAAUGAAGGAUAUUUGCAUUUGUUAAAGGUAUGAAAUUGCUUAUAGAAUAUAAUAUUAGUAUAAUAUAACGAUGGAUGGAUUUGUGUAAUUAUAUAAACAAUCUCUCUUUUAACAAAUAAAUAAAUGUAAAAUUACAGGUCCAAUAUUUCUUUGUCUGUCCGAUUGUUGCUAAUUGCAUUUGAUUUUAGAAAUAUAU